CGGAGGCGGCGCUCUUCCUGCUCCUACGGAAAAUGGCCGGGCGCUGAGUUCUUCCGGCGGUCCCGCCAGUCCGGCUGCUCCGGGCCGCUCUCCGCGCCUGCCGCUUCUCCUCCUUUCCCUUCCCUUCCCUUCCCGCUGGCCUGCGCCAUGGCGGCCGAGAUCCACUCGCGGCCUCAGAGCAGCCGGCCCGUCCUGCUGAGCAAAAUCGAGGGGCACCAAGACGCGGUCACCGCCGCCCUCAUCAUCCCCAAGGAGGACGGCAUCAUCACGGCCAGCGAGGACAGGACGAUCAGAGUCUGGCUGAAGAGGGAUAGUGGGCAGUACUGGCCCAGCAUUUACCACACCAUGUCAUCUCCUUGUUCCACUAUGGCAUAUCACCAUGACAGCAGACGAAUAUUUGUAGGCCAAGACAAUGGAGCCAUUAUGGAGUUUCAUAUCUCAGAAGACUUUAACAAGAUGAACUUCGUCAGGACCUACCCAGCUCAUCAGAAUCGAGUGUCUUCAGUUAUCUUCUGCUUGGAAGCUGAGUGGGUUAUCAGUACCGGCCACGAUAAAUGUGUCAGCUGGAUGUGUACCAGGAGUGGAAACAUGCUGGGAAGACAUUAUUUCACCUCCUGGGCCUCUUGCCUGCAAUACGACUUUGAAACCCAGCAUGCCUUUGUUGGUGACUAUUCUGGGCAAAUAACACUGUUGAAGCUGGAGCAGAACACAUGCUCAGUCAUUACAACCCUCAAGGGUCACGAAGGAAGUAUUGCUUCCCUGUGGUGGGAUCCUGCUCAGAGGCUACUCUUCUCUGGAGCAUCUGAUCACAGUAUAAUCAUGUGGGAUAUCGGUGGAAGGAAAGGCCGGACGCUGCUGCUACAAGGCCAUCAUGACAAGGUGCAAGCCCUUUGUUACAUCCAGUUCACACGACAAUUGAUUUCUUGUUCUGCUGACGGAGGGAUUGCUGUUUGGAAUAUGGAUGUUACCAGAGAAGAGGCCCCUCAAUGGCUGGAAAGCGAUUCCUGUCAGAAAUGCGAACAGCCUUUCUUCUGGAAUAUAAAGCAGAUGUGGGACACCAAGACCUUGGGCUUGAGGCAGCAUCACUGCAGGAAAUGUGGACAGGCUGUGUGUGGCAAGUGCAGCACGAAGCGCUCCAGCUAUCCCAUCAUGGGCUUUGAAUUCCAGGUCCGAGUCUGCGACUCUUGUUUUGAUUCAAUCAAAGAUGAAGACCGCACUUCUUUGGCAACUUUUCAUGAAGGAAAACAUAACAUUUCCCACAUGGCCAUGGAUAUCUCAAGGGGACUUAUGGUGACGUGUGGAAGUGAUCGUGUAGUAAAGAUAUGGGACAUGACACCUGUCGUGGGUUGCAGCCUUGCAACUGGCUUCAGCUCCCGUUGACAUCUGCUUGCCAGGAGAGCAUACCUGAUGUACCAAAUGGAUGAUCCUCCUUCUGUGACUUUUGAUUCAAAAACACUGGCUGCUUGACUCAGUGAAUGCGGUCUCCCUCCCCCCGCUGAUGGACGGUAUGACUCCUUUUUCUGUGGAGCAGAAUUCUUCUUUAUCGCUUAGUGGAAGUGGUGGAAGAUGCAGAAUAGCCACAUUCACACCCUGUGGAAUGAGCACAGAAGAGGCUUUGAGUUCAGCAGGAAACCUGGCCUAAAAGGACUGUGUGUGACUUGACUUAUUCAUAGUGUUCUAUGUGCUUCUUCUCUACCAAAAUAUAUUGUACAGUGGCUAAGGGUUGGAGUGUAGUGACAAAAACCUGUGCAAGUAGUAGUAACUUAUUCUCAGCCCUGGUGAAACAUUGCUGUAGACACCAGUUGUCUUCUGAACAGUCAUUACGAUGGCUGCCUUGCAGGAAGACUGAAUACAACAUUGAAAGAAGGAGGAAAGCUCCCCCCCCCACACCAAAUACCAGAGAAUUGCAAUAGGGAUGAGUGUUGGUAGAGUUUAUGGGAGUAUUUUCUACAAAUGUAGUUGUUGAUAACCCUCUACAAAGUUAGGUGUCUGGAUUUUUGGAACAUGAAAAUUAUCUUGAACCUUAUUUUGAGUGGAUUUUUGUACCUGACAAAGCACUAAAAUGUAACACUGUUCCCCAUAAUAGUAAAAGCAAUCUGACAUGUCUAUACCAGUCAAGCUCCUUUGAAUUAGAAUAAUAUCUCUUGUGUUGUAGUGUUUGCUGUUUAUCACCAGGGGUCCCUAGUAAAUAAUAAAAGAUGUCUUUUGGAACCCAUAAAUUCCUCUUGGAAAAUUGUCAUGAUGAGUGUUGAUUGUGUACUUAUGUGUAAAGCCUUCAAGAAGCAAACAUUAAUCCUUGUUUUGGUCUUGUUUUUGAGAUAUGCAUACUUUUUCUAAAGGAUGAUAUUGAUAUUGGAGUUUGUCACAAGUCAGUGUUGCAUGCUAUAUGCUAUAUAUUCUUCUGAAAUGUUGGUUUCCUGAAAAUUGAUGGAGAUGUCAGAAAAGGCACAAUUGUUGCUGAGUGCCUGGGAUAAUAGGCAACUGUGUUGUGGGGGAAGUGUGUCUUCAGGAAUGAACAAGGAAAGAGAAAAUAGUUCAGCAACAAUGCCUACAUUAAUCUUUGAAGAAUAGCACAAUCCGUAUGGAGAAUAUACCUCUUCUCUGACUUUGAUAUAGUUAAAAGGCUUAGGAUGGUAACACCACUGAACUGGUAAACUUGUCUUACUCGAUGCCUUAUUGGGACUGCUAUAGCAAAAGUGAAACUUCAGUUUUCACUGGAAUGGUUCAAAGGAGGAGUCACUUCACCUCAGUGCCCAGAGAGAAACUUUACCAUAGCUGCAAAUGUUCAUCUGUCUUAUGAAAACACUACCGUGACUUGAAGAUGUUUGUACUUUUUUAAAAGUGGAAAUUAUCUUGUAUAUUCUUCAUAGUCUUUACAAGUUGGCCUAACUGGCCAGUAGCAAACAAGCCCCCCAGCUGCUUAUUUAGUCUUCUCUCAUUACAUAUACACUUUUAUCUGAUAGCCUGGCUUCCUAAUGAGUAGCAGUAUAAACUGCAGAAUAAUAGCUUCUACCUCCUUGGCAAUUCCAUUUAUAAUCUUUCCUUAGUCUUUUGCCGGAGGAUGCUGAAUUUGCUUCAUAGCUGAGGAAUAUAUAUUUUUUGUAGCAAAUAAAAUUAACAUUAGUAGUGUUAGUGUCGACUAGUACAUAUAAAUUCUGUUGGCAAAACACCAGUUCAUAUAUCUGUAAACCUUGAAGUUUUCCAAGUGACUCAAAAGACUGCUCAAGAUGAUGUUUGUAUAGAAAAUGGUGGUGUGUGUGAGGGAAACUCUUACUGAGCAAUGUAACUGUCCCAGUAAUGUGCAGCUACUUCAGCUUCGUUUGAUGCAUUUACCCCAUUUUUCCACAAAGCUUUUUUUCAGUGGGGAACAAGUACUAAUGUAUUUUUGGUUGAUAGUAGCUGUGUUCUUGUGAAAUUCUGUAUUCUUCUGUCAUCUGAGAUUCUGUUGUUGCUGUUCAUGUCUUUAAAACAAAACCCUUUUGCGUAUUGUACAAUUAAAAAACUAUUUCCUGAUA